GCCUCGCUCUUUAGCACUUCAAGAUGGCUGACCAGAAUGUCAAGUCGUUCCAGAAGCAGCCAACAAUCUUCCUUAACAGGAAGAAGGGUUUGACGAAGCAUCGCAAGUCUUUGAGAUACAGCCGUAAUGUAGGACUUGGAUUCAAGACUCCCCGUGAGGCCAUUGAAGGUACCUACAUUGACAAGAAGUGUCCAUUCACUGGCAAUGUUUCUAUACGAGGACGUAUCUUAACAGGAGUUGUACAGAAACUUAAGAUGCAGAGGACCAUUGUUAUAAGGAGGGAUUAUCUCCAUUAUAUAAGGAAAUACAACCGUUUUGAAAAACGGCAUCGCAAUAUGAGUGUCCAUCUCAGUCCAUGCUUCAGGGAUGUUGAAAUUGGAGAUGUAGUCACUAUUGGUGAAUGCAGACCACUCAGCAAAACUGUGAGAUUCAAUGUGCUCAAGGUUUCCAAGGGAACAGGAGCAAAGAAGAGCUUUAAAAAAUUCUAGGUCUAAACAACUGACUACAAUUUCCCAUCCUGAGUAUGAAGCAUUUAUGCUUAACUUACCAUCUAAAUAUGAUGAAAAUCAUAAGUUUUGUGCUACUACUGGCAGCAUAUGCAACAAAUUAAUGUAAGGCCCAACAGUUACAUUAAUAAACGACUAUAAUUAAAUCGAUUUUUUCUAAAA